AUGGACCACCUCAGUACUAGAUGGUUGCUCGCUGUCUCAAUAUGGUUGUCUUUGUCAUUGCAGAUCACCGCUCAGACAAUUGCACCAUCCAACGGAACUCAAGACCUCUACCCAUCAGCCACCUCGCCCCGUUUCAUCCUGAAUGGUACUCAACUGGGGAAUCUCCCAGUCGUGCGGCUCGCACCACUGGGCCACUAUGCCGAGAUUUCACACAACGCCUUUGAACAAAUCCAUGUCGAGGGACAAAUUGUCAAUGUGGACCCCAGCAAUGCCAAUGAGAUGCCCGAAGCCAAUCAAUUCACAUAUCUCCCUUGCGACCCAGAGGCGUAUACGGGAAAUCUUGGUCCCACCGAUGUGUUCCGGAUUGUCAUCAACUCACCCCGAACCAACAUCAUCAUCCUCUACAGUGUCACAAGUGAUCAUUGCGUGGCGACCGACCUGAACAACCUCCCCACAAUUGGUGGCAUUCUGACCACCACCGACACCAUGCUGGCAAAGAGCCUGGCUGAUCUCCACCUCACUCAAAACAGUCCAGGUUCCGCAACCAUUCUUCCCGAUCUGAACUCCUAUACCAACUCGUCACGAAACAGCGGUUGGAAUGGAAAUGGCACUCUUGGCCAGUCGCCCACUACAGCCGUUGCCAUGAUCAUCCUCUACGCCAUCACCGGCAUCAUCACCGCUCUCUUUGUUGUCAUCAUCAUCACCGGGUCCAUCCGAGCCCACCGCCACCCCGAGCGUUAUGGUCCGAGAAACAUCCUUGGACGAGGUCGUCAAAGUCGUGCCAAGGGCAUUGCGCGCGCCAUGCUGGAGACCCUUCCAAUCGUCAAAUUCGGCGACCAUCAAGACUUGCCCAAGAAGUCCGUUGACGGCACCGACAUAGAAAUGAACGCUCCUGGCGAAGGUGCCAACGCCACCCCGUCCACCCCGGCGAAUCUAGACCAAAUCCCCACCACCGAUGUAGUCACAGGUGCAGGCGCAGUUGCAGCAGCAGACAAAAGCAUCGAGGCGGCCACUGGCAAGUCCGACGAUGGCACCGACGCUCCACCAACUGUAACGCCGGCCAACAAUCCCGACGGCACCGACGCCGAAGGCCAUCUCGGCUGCUCCAUCUGCACCGAGGACUUCCACAAAGGUGAGGAACUGCGCGUACUACCCUGCAACCACAAAUUCCACCCGGACUGCGUGGACCCGUGGCUUCUGAACGUCAGCGGGACGUGUCCACUGUGUCGAAUCGACUUGAGACCACCAACCGCCGACGGCGCUGAAGGGACAAUAUCGCGACGCGGCUCUUCAGCGGCAGGAGGCCCGGAUGGCCAGCUACCUCCGCCGCCCCUGACGGAGGGCGUGGCCGCACCACCGAACCAGACAGGUAGCAGCCGCAGAGACACUGUAUUCAACCUGCGACAUCUUGCAUCUGGAACACGAGACGAGCGCAUCGCCGCCCUCCGACGGAUGCGGCAGGAAAGACUGGGAUCCAGCUCGCAGGGACCGUCUGAAGCCGAACGACACGGUUUGACCAGCAGAUUCCGAGAGCGAUUCAGAAUACGCACCGAGAGGAGAGACGCCGUCGCACCUGGAGAUCCACUCCGCCGACGGUCCGGUGCCAACAUCCCGUCUACAUUCUUCGGAUGA